AUGAAGUGUCGUUACAUAGUGCCACAUUUUCUAACAACAUGGAUGAAAGAACUGAGGAGGACAGAAACAAAUUCAAAAAAAGAUCAUCAGUCCCAUCACAUCUAUGGAAAUGGCUCAGUUUUAUAUAAAAACGGACCACUGAAUGAAAUCAAACCAACAGAGAAAACAUACCUGCUUGCCUCUGAUGAUGGUUCAGAUGAAACUAAAGUGAAAAAUAGAAAACCUUCCUUGUACAAAGUUCUGGCAAUUAUUUUUUAUCUACCUCUGUUCAAGUCCCAGCUGGUUGGACUGUUUGGGGAUUUAAUAAUUUUUCUCAAUCCAGUUCUGUUGGAUGAAGUCAUUAAUUAUGCAGAGCACAAGGAACUGUACCCUGUAUGGCAAGGCUAUGUCCUAGCAGCUUCGUUCUUUGUCAUCAUGUUUCUGAGCUCAAUGACAAACAACUACCGCAUGUAUCAUGCAACCAACAUUGGCAUGGAGGUCAAGACUGUGCUGACUGCUGCAGUCUACAAGAAGGCAUUAACAAUGAAUGCUGAGUCCAGACGCAAGUUCACAGUGGGAACCAUUGUGAACUUAAUGGCUGUAGACUGUCCCAGUUUUCAAGAACUUACUGUACAACUCUAUGUCGUCAUCUCCUGGCCAAUACAGAUUUCAGUAGCUUUUUACAUGCUGUAUAAUGAACUGGGGAUUGCUUUUGUUGCUGGCAUUGUUGUGUUGCUGUUGCUAAUCCCUACUAAUGCUGUACUGUCCUCACUUACUAAACGUGUGCAGGCAAAACAGAUCUACCUGAAGGAUCAGAGGCUGAAACUGCUGAAUGAAAUUCUCAACGGAGUCAAAGUAUUGAAACUGUAUGCAUGGGAGCCAUCCUUUCAAGCCAAACUGACUCAGAUUCGUCAGGCUGAAAUUGUGCAGCUAAAGAAGGCAGCCAUUUACCAGUCAGUCAGCACACUGUGUUGGUUGCUGUCACCCGUUUUGGUGACGCUGUUUACAUUCAUUGCUUAUGUACUGAUAACCCAGGAAUCUCUGACUCCCAAUAAGGCUUUUGUGGCUAUGAAUUUGUUUAACACCAUCAGGCAGCCAAUGAACUCACUACCCAUGUUGAUCUCACAGCUGGUUCAGUGCCAUGUGUCCAUGAUAAGGCUGAGAAAUUACUUAUCAGGAGAAGAUCUUAAGGAAACUGACUCUGUGGUAUCCUCAGAAGAAUAUCCAUUGACUAUGAGAAAUGCAACUUACACAUGGGAUAGAAAUAUGGAGCCAGUCUUGAAAAACUUAACUGUCAGCUUCCCCAAAGGAAAACUAGUUGCUAUAGUUGGUCCAGUUGGAGCUGGCAAGUCAUCCUUGUUGUCUGCAUUUCUUGGAGAGAUGGAGAAGUUGCAAGGCCAGGGAAGCAUACAGGGCUCGCUAGGAUAUGUGGCACAGCAAGCAUGGAUUCAGAACAUGACCUUGAGAUCCAACAUCCUGUUUCAUCAGCCAAUGAAAGAGUCACGAUACAGGAAAGUCAUCGAAGCUUGUGCCUUGGAAUCUGAUAUAGAACUUCUGCCGGGUGGUGAAAUGACAGAAAUAGGAGAAAAGGGUAUCAACCUGUCAGGAGGUCAGAAACAGCGCAUUAGCCUGGCUCGGGCUGUUUACCAGGAUGCUGAUGUCUACCUGCUGGAUGAUCCUCUCAGUGCUGUUGAUGCUCAUGUUGGCAAACACAUCUUUGAGAAGGUCAUUGGUCCAAAGGGAAUGAUUAGAAAUAAGACAAGAAUUCUGGUUACCCAUGGCAUUCACUGGCUCCCUCUGGUGGACCAGAUCGUAGUCAUGGACCAAGGUCAGAUAACUGAGCUAGGAACUUAUGAACAGCUGAUGAAUCACAAUGGACCCUUUGCCCAGUUUGUGAGAACAUAUCUCCUGGAGCAUGAGGAUGAGGAGAUAGAUGAUCCUGAUGGUAAGUUUCAGUAUAAAGCUGUGCUAGUCAGUCAGAACUCAGCAGUAUCUUCAGUGUCGGCACAAGAUUUGGAUGUAAUCAAAUCUCAGUCAGAUAAUGUGAGGACUGCAGUUUUUGUAGCAUUCAUUCGAGCUUUUGGAUACUUUUUGGCAAUCAUGGUUCCAUUGUCUGUGUUCAUGUACAAUGGUUUCAAUGUGGCUUCAGGCAUCUGGCUUUCUGAAUGGACUGAUGAUCCAUUCCUGAAAAAUGAGAACAAUUCAGGAACGGACUCAUACACUUCCAAAACAUAUAUGUACCUUGGAGUCUAUACAGCUCUGUCACUGUUGCAAGUGGUGGGCAACUGUAUAUUUGUCUUACUGGUGUACGUGCAGUUUGUCAAUGCUUCUCAGCGUCUGCAUAACAGCAUGUUGGAUACUAUAUUGCAUCAGCCAAUGUCUUUCUUUGAUACAACACCACUAGGCAGAAUUCUCAACAGAUUUUCUCGGGAUGUCGAUGUCUUAGACGUGGGUAUGUCCCGGCAGGUGCGACUGUGUUUACAGACUCUCUCCAACCUCAUCUCUAUAAUAGUGGUGAUUUCAUAUACCACUCCCAUCUUCCUCGCAGUAGUAGUUCCGAUCCUGAUUGUCUACGUUUUCUUUCAGAAAUUCUACAUCCCAUCGUCACGUCAGAUUCGUCGUCUUGAAUCUACAACCAGAUCCCCAGUUUUCUCUCACUUUGGAGAGACCAUUAGUGGGGCCAGUAGUAUCAGAGCCUAUCGUCUGGAAGAGAAGUUCUUUAAUGAUUCUCUGCUUCUCGUUGACAUCAACAACCAGUGCUUCUUUGCAUCGCUGUCAACAGGACGCUGGCUGAGGGUCAGGCUUGAGGCUCUGGGCAACUUGAUCGUUUUGUUUGCUGGCCUGUUUGCUGUUAUCAGCAAUGGCAUCUCUGGAAGUUUAGUUGGUCUUUCUGUGUCAUAUGCAUUACAA